AUGAGUUUUCUAAAGCGAGAUAAAUCAAAAAGUAAUUUGAAAUUACAACCACUUACAGCUUCAACUUCCCACAAAAACAAUAAACAACCACCACCUGCAGAUACCGGCGAUCAUGGUCAUACCCCACGCCAUGACUAUGAUUGUUCACCCAAAUCCUCUGUGGUUUCGUUGCCAGGACUUCAUCAUGAAUCUAUUCAUACCCCAACCAAUUUAAAAGAGAAUUAUUCCGGGUUUCAUGCAAACAAACGCCCCAAGGGUAUAGCAAACGUUCCUCCCUUGGCCCAUCCAAUCAAGCCAAGAUUCAAAAAGAAGGGCUCUUCGUUGUUGAACAAGUUGAUCUACAGCAGACGGGAUGGUGAUGGAGAAGAACAAGACCAACCGGGAAGAGCUACUUCUUUAGAUAGUUCUAUGGCUGGAUCGACUGGAUCAACCCAUCAAAGGAAAAGCGCCAGUUCAGCUUCAAGUCAAACCAGCAAACAUAAAUUUCGAUUACCCUCACUCACACUUGACCAUCACCAUAAACAACAUCAAGGCUCAAUAACUUCAAAAUCAAUAGAUGCAGAAACAAAAUUAUUGCCUACAGAAUUUGAUUUAAACCUUGAUGAAAUGCAUGGAAUUAUUAAAUCUCCCGAAGAAGUAUCCCUUCAAUUGCAACAACCAAUUCCACCGAUAUCAUUGGCUGCAUCAACAGCUUCGGGGGCCGCAUUGGGUGCUUCUGCAGCUGCCGCCUCGGCAUUUGCUUCUGCUAGUGGUAGUGCUGCCGCUAAAACUACUCCUGGAUGGCAAGCACCUGAUUCGUGGGGUGUUCGGAUUGAAACUAAAGUAGACCCAAAUGCAGGUGUUGCUGGUACUAUUCCUAAUUUGGAUGAAGUUAUAGGUUUGACUGAAACUGAUGAAGAAGAAGAAAAAAGUAGUGAAGAAGCUGAAGAAUUACCGCCUCAUCCUCAUUUACCUACAUUAUAUGGUACUAAACAAUUGCAUCAAACUAUAAUCACACCGGCUGAUAAGAACUUAACUAAAGGACCAAGUCAUAUUAUUCGUGUGUUCAAAGAAGAUAAUACAUUUACAACGGUGUUGUGUCCAUUAGAAACAACCACGGCCGAAUUAUUAAGUAUUGUUCAACGGAAAUUCUUCUUGGAUUAUACUUCCAACUAUCAAAUUUCGGUAUACAUCGGAAACAAUGUUAAAGUGUUGGAGCAAUUUGAAAAACCAUUGAAGAUUCAAAUGGGGUUAUUACUUUUAAGUGGAUAUACUGAAGAAGACAAUUUACGAAUCAUUGGCCGUGAAGAUUUAUCAUUUGUUUGUAAAUUCGUGGUGGAGAACAUUUAUUUGCGUAGCUUAACUCAUGAUGAAGAAGCGUCAUUAUCAAGAAAUUAUGUUGAAGUUAACAUGCAAGGAUUAAAUUUGAAAAAUAUUCCAAUUAUAUUCCAUCAACAUACUUAUGAAAUUGAGAAAUUAAAUGUUGCUGACAAUCCGUCGAUUUACAUCCCCUUGGACUUUAUUCAAAGUUGUAAUAAUUUAACUAUGAUUGAUUUUUCGAGAAAUGGAGCUAGUAAGUUCCCAUUGAAUUUCUUGGAAGCAAAGAGAUUAACUCAUUUGAAUAUGGAAAAGAACUUUUUGGAUGAAUUACCUUCAAGAAUAAACCAUUUAAAGAAUUUGACCCAUGUGAAAUUAAAUUCAAAUCAAUUAUCAAGUUUGCCUAAACUGUUUGGGAAGUUACGCAAUUUACAAGUUUUGAAUUUGUCAUCGAAUUAUUUCCAUAAUUAUCCUGAAUGUAUUAGUGAAUUGACUUGUUUAGUGGAAUUAGAUUUAAGUUAUAAUGAUUUAUUAUCCUUACCUGAAUCAAUUGGAAAGUUGAUUCAUUUACAAAAGUUGAAUGUGGCUUCUAAUAAAUUAAGCAAGAGUUUACCUCAUUAUUUAUUGAAUUUGACCGAAUUAAAAAGAUUGGAUAUUAGAUUUAAUCAAAUCACCAGUGUUGAUAUUGUUGGGUUAUUGCCUAAUUUAGAAGUGGCAUAUGCUACCAAGAACAAUAUUUCAACUUUCAAUGAUCAGGCCAAUUCCUUGAGGUUACUUCAUUUUGAUAAGAAUCCAAUCACUGAAAUCAACUUCCUGCAAAGAAUGGAUAUGCUUAAUAUUCUUGAUUUAUCCAAGGCCAAAAUAACUUCAAUUGCACCGGAAUUCAUUAGAAAAAUUCCUAAUAUUGAAAAGUUGGUUUUAGACAAGAAUCACUUGGUUACAUUGCCCAAUAACAUUGACCAAUUAACUAAAUUAGCAUUUCUUUCCAUUUUUGGAAAUCAGUUGCAAUCAUUGCCGGUAGAAAUAUGUCACUUGAAGAGUUUACAAUAUCUUGAUUUACAUUCAAAUAAUUUACAAAGUUUACCAGAAGAAAUUUGGCAUUUAAAGUCAUUAUCGGUGUUGAAUGUUAGUUCUAAUAUUUUGACCAGUUUCCCUAAACCUCCGUUGGCUAUUGCUAAACGUGUCAAACCAUCAAGUCUAGUUGAUAGUUUAAUGAUGUUAACCAUGUCGGAUAAUAGAUUGAGUGAUGAUUGUUUUGAACCUAUUUCAUUCUUGAUUUCAUUAAAGAGUUUGAACUUAACAUAUAACGAUUUGUUGGAAAUACCUGAAGGAGCAUUAAGAAGAUUAACCAAAUUAAACGAGUUGUAUUUGUCAGGGAAUGGCUUGACCACAUUACCUAGUGAAGAUUUGGAAUCACUUAAAUCAUUAAAGUUGUUGUAUGUUAAUGGAAACAAGUUGGUUACGCUUCCAGCUGAAAUUUCAAAAUUAACAAAUUUGCAACAUUUAGAUGUUGGUUCCAAUCAAUUAAAGUAUAAUAUUUCUAAUUGGCCAUAUGAUUGGAGUUGGCAUUGGAAUAAGAACUUGAAGUAUUUGAAUUUCUCGGGGAAUAAACGUUUUGAAAUCAAACAAUCUCACAUUAAGAACCCAGAAACUGGUGAAGAUUUUGAUUCUUUGCUCGUGUUGAAACAGUUGAAAGUUCUUGGAUUAAUUGAUGUUACUUUGACUACCACCAGUGUUCCUGAUCAGAGUGUUGAUAUUAGAAUUAGAACCACUACUUCUGAAUUGGAAAAUGUGGGAUAUGGUGUUGCCGAUACUAUGGGGAUGCGUGAUAAUGUAUCAUGUCGUGAUUUGUUUAUUCAAAAAUUCCGGGGUAACGAAAAUGAAUUAUUGAUUUGUUCAUUUGAUGGGAAAUGUGGUGCCACUAACCAAGGUCAUAGGUUGUCAACAUUAUGUAAAAAUAUACUUGUGGGGAUGUUUACUGAUGAGUUAAACAAGGGUAAAGGUGAAACUGAUGAAGAAAUUUACACUGCAUUAAGAAGAACUUUCCUUAACUUGAAUAAAGAAAUCAAUGGGAUUUUGUCAGCCAAGCAAAAUAAUUCAUUCACCCCAACAUCAAAACAGCCUAAAGAACUUCAAGAUUUGAGUUUGAUUUAUGAUCUUAAAGCGGGUGUUUCUAUUACUGUUGUUUACAUCAAGGACAAGAAGAUCUAUACCGCCAAUGUCGGUGAUAUUGAAGCAUUGCUUUGUCGUAGUAAUGGUGAUCAUGUCCUUCUUACCAACAAACAUGAUCCAACUAAUCGUGACGAAUUUGAAAGAAUUAGAGCAUCAGGUGGGUAUGUUUCUGGUGAUGGAUAUCUUGAUGGAGAAUUGACGAUUUCUCGUGGUGCUGGGUUUUUCAAUUUCUUGCCCCACACUCAUUCAGGUCCAAGUAUCAAUGAUAUUUCUCUUGCAUCAAAUGAUGAAGUGUUGAUUAUGGCCACCAGAAUGUUGUGGGAUUAUAUUACUUUUGAGUUGGCGGUUGAUAUCAUCAGAAGUGAAAAGGAUGAUCCAAUGAUUGCUGCCCAGAAGUUGCGUGAUUACGCUAUAUGUUAUGGUGCCACUGAUAAGAUUGCAGUUAUCAUUGUUACUUUUGGUGAACGUAAGAAGCGUGGAAGUAAUAUCUUGUUGUACAACAAUUUAGGACAUGAAGCUGAUUACUUUGGAUAUAAGAAGAAACGUGUGGCUGGUGCUGCUCAAGAUUCUACAUUACGAAGACUAGAUGAUGAAAUUGAGCCCCCAGUUGGAGAAUUGGCAUUGAUUUUCACCGAUAUCAAGAAUUCUACGUUGUUGUGGGAUUCUUAUCCUGCUCCAAUGAGAUCGGCCAUUAAGACGCAUAACUCGAUUAUGAGACGACAAUUGAGAUUGGUUGGUGGUUAUGAAGUCAAGACGGAAGGUGAUUCGUUUAUGGUUGCAUUUCCAUCGCCCACAUCGGCAUUAUUGUGGUGUUUUAAUGUUCAACAGAAUUUAUUAACUGCCGAUUGGCCGUCAGAAAUCUUGGAAACUGACCAAUGUUGUGAAGUAACUGAUUCUGAAGGAAACAUCAUAUAUCGUGGUCUUUCAGUUAGAAUGGGGAUCCAUUGGGGUUCGCCUGAUUGUGAACGAGAUGUUGUCACCCAAAGAAUGGAUUAUUAUGGUCCUAUGGUUAAUAGAACCAGUCGUGUUAGUGCAGUGGCUGACGGGGGACAAAUCUGUGUCACGAGUGAUUUCCUUGAUGAAAUGAAUCAGUUGUACGGCAUUCACGAAAAGAUUGUUCUGGGUGAAAAGACAUUUGAAGAAGCAUACCAGGGGAAUGUGCGUGCUGGAGAGAUUAUAGAAAAGGAAAUUAAAGGUAUUGAAGAAAACGGGUGUCAUUACUUUGAAUUGGGUGAACGUAAGUUGAAAGGUUUAGAAACUCCCGAGUUGAUCACUUUGGCGUAUACUGAUAAGUUGAAAUUGCGUUAUGAGAUAUUCAAGAAACGAUUAGGACGUGAGAUAGACAAGGCUCAUAGCACCCGGGUUGUGGGUACAUUGCCAGUGGAGAUCAUCUACGGGUUAAGAACUGUCAGUUUGAGAUUGGAAAACGUAUGUUCUGCAAUCAACGGGGGUACGUAUCUCAAUGAAGAGUUUGAACAGCAUUCCUCGGGAAUGAUUUCGCAAAAGAUGAAGACGACCUUUAAAGAAGUUGACUUGAUUGCGUUGUUGAACCACAUUGUUACUAGAAUCGAAAGUUGUUCUUCGAUGUUGUACUUGAGACAGCAAAUGAGUAUUGCCAGUGGAAACGAUGGAUUUAUUGACAUUUUUAAUUCGGUUCCAAUUGGGAACAUUAUGGAUGAAUUAAACCAAAUUGUUGAACAAUUUAACAUAUAUAAAAAGACUAUUGAGUAGUUUAUGUGUAUAUAAUAUACGUGUAUAACUGUAUGAUUGAGCAAAUGUCGCGGUGUCGCCAAUGUUGACACAAUUUUUUCGCGACAUUGCAUAUUUUUAUCCAAUGUAAACAUUUGCUGUCUAAAGGGUCACAACCACGUCCAACAACCAAUCCCCCUCCUCCCCCCCCCUCUCCCUUCAAUGUCGCCGUCCAUACCCAACGCUACUCUCAGGGUAGAUGACACGUCCAAGCUCAACUUGAAUUCAUCCGCCCUGCGUCUGUUUUCAUCACUCCCAUUCAUUUCACCCCGUCAAUCAAUCUCAAAGUUCAAUAAGCAACCCUCAGACAACCUUGGGUCAACCACAUGUCCAAAACUACGUGAACUUGACUUUGGCCAGAGUUUAGCGGCACGGACCAAAUUCUUGCAAUUGAAACAUAAUUCCCAAUCUGCAUCCAUCAAUUGCGGACCUUCCGAUUUGGUGCAUCGGGCAAUUUAUGCCGGGUCCCGAUCAGCAUUGUACCACCAUUUGGAUUUCAAAGGGGAAAAAUCCGAGUCUACUCGUACCGUCGACGAUGACGGAUAUGUGGGAUACUAUCACUAUGUGAAUGGAAUCAGAUUUGAAGCACUUGCUGACGACAUCGAGGAAUACGUCGUGGAAUUGUUGGCAUUAAAGAAAAAUGAAGAAGGGUAUUAUUUUCAAGCCGGUAACGGAUUAGAGAAGUUGGGA